GCUCAGAAGCUCAUCAGACACUUGAAGCACAACUGUUUGUCGAACCCACGACAAACCCCCAAACCUCCUCAGGGUGACAGCUGCUGGGCCUGCUACCACCAAGAUGACCACACCACCGUCAUCCCAUCCAACUCCGCUUCUCCGGCCACCACCACCAGGGUUUAUACAUGGCCUCUCUCAAAUAACCAGCAGUUUGUACAUCAGUAAUGGUGUGGCUGCCAACAGCAAGCUGAUUUUGUCAAGCAACCGCAUCACAACUGUCAUCAAUGUCUCCGUGGAGGUGGUCAACACAUUCUUUGAAGACAUCCAAUACAUACAGGUGCCAGUGUCUGACUCUCCCACCUCCCGCCUCUAUGAUUUUUUUGAUCCAAUUGCAGAUCACAUUCACAACGUGGAAAUGAAACAGGGCCGCACACUUCUCCACUGCGCGGCAGGGGUGAGUCGAUCCGCUGCUCUUUGCCUGGCCUAUCUCAUGAAGUAUCACGACAUGACCCUAGUGGAUGCCCACUCAUGGGCCAAGUCGUGCCGCCCCAUCAUCCGGCCCAACAACGGCUUUUGGGAACAACUUAUCCACUAUGAAUUCAAACUGUUUAGCAAGAACACCGUGCAAAUGAUCAAUACGCCAGUGGGUAUGAUUCCUGAUCUCUACGAAAAGGAAGUUCGUCUAAUGCUGCCGAACUGAGUCAACCUGGCCACCCCCGCCGAUCGAUACAUCUGCUGCUGAACUUGGAUCAAGGACUAGCCACCGAUUUUUUCUGAGCAGUGGGAUAAAAGCCAGAUGUGACCUUUAGAAGUGCAGGCACAAAAGGGAGGGUUGUUGGAGGUUUAACUUGCAAGCCUUCGCUUAAAAAAAUAAAAUUCAUUAAAUGUAAA